CUUUCGAACAAGGGACCUUUCGUCACGACUCGUCAGCGACACUCUGCAGCGCUGCGUCCACCCACUAGUCGAGUACUUGACCAUGCAAACCAAACCACUACCAGGCGCUCAGGCUGGCGGUGCGAAUCCAACCAACCGCGAGGGCAUCCUCCUCUUUGAAGCGUCGCCCACCGACUAUUUCAACCGGUACACCAACGUUCUGCAGAGUGCACCCCCCCGCACCAACUUUAUGACCAACGGCGAAUCCGGCAGCGACGCGCACUUCGACGAGUACAGCCAGACGCCGAGCGUGGUUCUCCUGGGCGACGACAAGGACGACCAAGUGCCGCCACAUCAACGUCGAGGUCGUUUCGCCGCGACACCAGAUCACGACUUUGGCCCGACACCGCCCCCGUUUCAGUCCAAGUACAUCCUUCUGGGCACGGUUGUGGGCGUCGGCGUCGGGGUGGGGCUGUACUUUAGCCGGCUGAGCGACGAAAUCGAGGCGCUGGUCGCCCUGCCAGGGGACCUCUUUGUGCGGGCACUGCAGUGUCUGAUUGUGCCGUUGGUGUUUUGUGUGAUUUCGAUUGUCGUGGCCGAGACCAUUCUGAAGGGGCAGGCGUCCAUUCUGCGGUGGCGCACCAUCGUGCCCUACGCGACCACGUCUGUCCUCGCGAGUAUACAGGGCAUCGCCCUCGCGGUGGCAUUUCACGCGUCCUUUAACGUGUUGACUACAUCGUCGUCGUCCGCUGGAUUGGAAGCCAUGGCUCUCGUGCCAACCGUUAGCACGUCGUUCAACUUGUCGCUGGCGUGCUCGAACGGCGUAGCGGUCGACAACCAGGCGGAGCUGACGUGCGCGAAACAGGACGCCACCACCAACUCGUCCAUGCUCCGAGCCACCGUCGUGGGCUCUACCGUCACCAAUCUCGACACGUUGACUUUAGUCGACCAAGUCGUGGGGAUCGUUCGCCACGUCGUGUCGGACAGCAUCUUUACGUCGUUUGGCCAAAGCGACUUGCUCAGCAUUACGAUCUUUGCGCUUCCGUUUGGCGUCGCCAUCGCGCUGUGCCACGAUGACCCGGCCAAGCCCAACGUCCUGCUCAAUUUGUGUCGUCAGGUGCGCAACAUCUUUUUGCUGCUUCUCCACGGACUUCUCGGUGUCACCCCCGUCGCGAUCGUGUUCCUAGUUGGCCGCGCCGUGGCCCAAUUUCACUCGGACCAGUUUGCCCACGUCGUGGUCCAAGUCACAACGUAUGUCGUCGUGUUCACCGUAGGCCAGCUAGGUCACAUGCUCGUGGUGCUGCCGUUGUAUCUGUACAUUCGCACACGGGAAAACCCGUUUGGGUUUAUGAAACACCUCGUACCGGCAUAUAUUUUUGCGUUUGGGUGCGCGUCGUCCAUGGCCACGUUGCCUGUGACCAUCGCAUGCAUCCAGCGAGCCAACGUCAGCCGAGCGUUGAUCCACAUCGCCAUGCCAUUUGGCACCCCCAUGAACCUGAACGCGUCCGGCAUUGAUUACCCCCUUGCCCUCGUCUUCAUCGCCAACAUGUCGGGCUUCGGAGACCAACUCACCGCCGCCAACUUUGUCCUCCUCUUCUUCGUGACCUUACUCGGGUGUGUGAGCACCGCCCCCGUGCCCAACGCCGGACUGGUGUACCACGUCACAGUGUGGCAGACCCUGUUCCCGACCCACCCCAUGCCCGCCGCGUUUGCGUGGAUCGUGGCCAUGAAUGUGAUCGUCGACCGCAUCGCCACCGUCGUAAACGUCAACGGCAACGCGGUCGUGACGAGAAUCCUCGCGGAAGAAAUCGACGAGGCGUUCGAUGCCCGGGCGGCGGCGACGACGGGGGGUCACCCAUCCCAGUGGAGGACUUGGACGUGAUUGUUGAUUUCUACGUAGUAUUCAAUUGCAACACAUAGCAUGUGCACUUCAAGAAGAAUAUGAUGAAGCACAGGACUUGAUUGUAUACGCAACACAUACAUCCUACUAAUAUGUACUUGGGAG